UGGUUGUCGGCAUCUGCCGCGCCUAUCCACAACCCCCUCAGAACCAACAACAACAAGGUCAAGGUCAGCAGCCGCAAGGUCAACAACCGCAAGGUCAGCAACAACAACAGGGCGGUCAGCAAGGAGGAAGCCAGCAACAGCAAGGAGGCCAGGGACCCCCGCAAGGCCAACAAGGAAACCAAGGACCUCAGCAACAACAAGGAGGCCAGGGACCCCAACAAGGCCAAAACCAGGGAACCCAGCAACAGCAAAACCAGGGACCCCAACAAGGCCAAAACCAAGGACCCCAACAAGGUCAAAACCAGGGACCCCAACAAGGUCAAAGCCAGGGACCCCAACAAGGUCAAAACCAGGGACCCCAACAAGGUCAAAACCAGGGACCCCAACAAGGUCAAAACCAGGGACCCCAACAAGGUCAAAACCAGGGACCCCAACAAGGUCAAAACCAGGGACCUCAGCAAGGCCAAAACCAGGGACCUCAGCAAGGCCAAAACCAGGGACCCCAACAAGGCCAAAACCAGGGACCUCAGCAACAACAACAAGGUUCUCAACAAGGUGGUAGCCAAGGACCAUCCCAAGGUGGCAAUCAGGGAAAUAGCCCAGUCAUAUCCCAACCUUCCGCGAGCGCUUCCCAAGAUGCCAGCCUGGCUCUGAAGGGAACCAAUACCAAUGCCAAUUAAAUUAAUUUUGUGACAUCGCACUCAUAGAGAAAAGUUUAUUAACAAUGUAAUACUUGAAGUUUAUACGAUGUACGACAUGGAUCAGCCAUUGCAAAUUAAGUUUUGCAAACAAGGUUUCUGAUGUUCAGAAUGGUUGCACCGUCAAACUGAAAUCUCUGCGCUUAAUUUAUCUACCAGCAACGGUACAUACAUUUGUAGCAAACGCAAACCAAUAAAGUGUGC